AUAGCAGUAGCAGUUAGCAAAGAGAGAGAGUCAAUGGUGUUGGGUAAGAAUCUUCUUCUUCAGCAACCCGCUCACCUGUAGAAACACUCACAGAAACACACCCAAGCAGAGAUGGAAUGGUGCGAAUCGAUGCCUAAAGUAGAGCUUCAUGCCCACCUCAAUGGCUCAAUCAGAGAUUCUACGCUUCUGGAGCUUGCCAAAGACUUGGGUGAGAAGGGUGUUUUAGUUUUUUCUGACUUCGAGCAUGUCAUCCUCAAAAGCGAUCGGUCUCUUGUUGAAGUGUUCAAGUUGUUUGACCUUAUCCACAUGGUUACCACGGACCAUACAACUAUUUCAAGAAUCACUAGAGAAGUUAUUGAAGAUUUUGCUUCUGAGAAUGUUGUUUACAUUGAAUUAAGAACAACUCCAAAGAAAAAUAAGUCAAUUGGAAUGAGCAAACGAUCGUACAUGGAAGCUGUUGUGGAUGGUCUGAAAAGUAUAAACAGUGUUGAUGUUGCUUUCAUGCCACAUGAUGUUGAUGCCCAAAGUCCGUUGAAUUCUAUGUCUAUAGACAAUACUUGUAAUGUAAUUCCAAGAAAAAGAAUAUAUGUUAGACUUCUUCUGAGCAUUGACCGACGAGAGACCACUGAAGAUGCCAUGGAAACUGUGAAACUUGCACUGGAACUGAAAGAUGUGGGAGUAGUUGGUAUUGAUCUUUCAGGAAAUCCAAUUGUGGGUGAAUGGACUACCUUUUGGCCGGCUCUUCAAUUUGCAAAAGAAAAUGGUCUUGCCAUAACACUCCACUGUGGCGAGGUACCUAAUCCGAAGGAGAUACAAGCCAUGCUAGACUUUUGGCCUCAGAGGAUUGGCCAUGCUUGUUUCUUUGAAGGAGACAACUGGGAAAAGCUGAAACAUUUGAACAUUCCGGUUGAAAUUUGCUUGACAUCCAACAUCCGGACCAAUUCAAUCUCUUCACUAGAUGUUCAUCACUUUGAUGACUUGUACAAAGCAAACCAUCCUUUAGUUAUCUGCACUGAUGAUUCUGGUGUUUUCUCAACAAGUGUUUCAAAAGAAUACAGUUUGGCAGCCUCUGCUUUUGGUCUUGGGAAAAAGGAAAUGUUUCAGUUGGCAAGAGACGCUAUUGAAUUUAUAUUUGCAGACAAUGAAAUAAAGAAGAUUCUGAACCAGGUGUUUGAUUCUUUUGUAACAAACCUGGCUCUAUGAUCUUAAGUGCAUUUGAUAUGCACGGCAUCAAUUUCUCACGGGUUCUGUAUUGCAUCUCCCAGUAGCUUCCUCCUAGUCCUUGGACGACAAAUUACAUAUAAAUUUCUGAAGUCAUACAGCGGACAGCGGGAGAUAAAGCACAAACUUUUCAUGUUCAGCAUUCCUUGAUGAUGAAUGGAAAUCUGAUCAAUUGAAAAGGCUUCUACUUCAUUGAUCUUCUCUGUUCUAUAAACCUGUAGUCUUUACUCUUCUGGACACUUGUUAAGUUAGAUAUAGAUAUAGAUACAAUUUGGUUCUCAUGCAAUUUGACACAGAUAUCUUACCCAAUUCCCAGAGCCGAAGACAAAUCAAGCUUCAAAUCGACUGGAAUUGAUGAAGGCAACUGCCAAAUCAACCAAAAACUAUAUCAAAUUGAUUAAAAUAGCCUAAAUCCAUCAAAACCAAACAGCAAUGAAUGUCCGGUAUUUUAUUUUA